AUGACAGACACACAGUCCAGCAAAGAAGACUUCAGGAAGUUAUUGGCUAGCGUCAGAUCAGAUUUCAUUGAUUCUUAUGGAACGAGAGAGAAAUUGCAUACGUUAAAAGCACCUCCAAGCUUAGCCAAAGCAGAUCCAUCCGAUGAGCUGGAAAAAUUGGCAAAAAUGAUAAAAGCCCACGCUACAAAAGUUGGAAUUGUGUGUAAUCCUGGUAAGUUUGACACGAACGUUUCUGUUGCUUUGAAGGAGUUUCAACUUUUCUCAAAUGCCAUAUUUUAUCUUCUCAGCUUGACAUCGCUUUUUUAUCAAGGCAAACAUGCUGACUACCUUGUCGAUGAUCUUGAUGCUUCGAUUCUAGGACUUCUCAAUGGUGUUCAAGAUUUAUGUACAGACGUUACAUCACUUUUGGACGGUAAGGGACUCGGAUCAACGACGCCAACCGAGGCCGAUACAAGACUCACCGGAGUUGGCAAAAUAUGGAGUACUUGUGAUAAUCUCGAACAGAUUGCCAUCAAGGGCAACUUCGGUUUGCUAAAUGGCCGUAUUUCCGUCAGUCUGAAAUUGAUUAACGAUUCUCUUUCAGAAGUCGACGAAUGGCUCAUGGAACCAGAAUUGUGUGAAGAGGAUCCUUUUGGACUUUGUGAUGAGUCUGACGAUGAGCUAGCCGCUGAGAAAGUGGAAGAACAAACAGAGGUACCUCAAGGUAUGAUUGAUUUUGUUCAAAUUUGGCAGAAAAGGCUCAAAUUGAUCAAGCUUUUACUGUCCUCAUUUUCCAAAUCGAUUUCUUCGAAUGAUUACAAGAAUAAACAAUCUGACGCAUCCAAGCUCUCCAAGCUGAAUGUUUUGCAUAAAUCUGUUGUUGAACAAAUCGAUGAACUCAUCUCGACGGUUUUCAUGUCGGGAUCAAGUUUCGACGCUGAAGACGAGGAAAUUAAGGAAAUCACCGACAACUUAGUGACAUCUCUCAAACGAAUAGUCAAUAUCAUCAAGGUCCUGAAUAAGAACGAUGAGAAACGUGGGAAAUGGGUCGAAGUUUGGGAAACAAACUUCUUUGCUCAAGUGUAA